UUGCUUGUUCAUUAAGUUGAAGGUCUGAAGAAAACAUUACGUCUUACUGCAUAAUGUAUCUUCGAGAGAAAAUUUUAUGAAUAUUAAGGUGUAUUUUUAUAAAUAUAUAUAUCUAUGCAGCUGAUACGUAGAAAUAAACAGAACAUGUUUAUUUGUGUUAUCGGAAACGUUUAUUAUAUGGCGUUGAUGCAAGAGUAAACAAGAGAUUGCGUUUGGCCGUAAAGGUGUAUUGGGGGAUAUAGUGCGCUCGCUCGCUCGCUCGAUCGUCGCAUCGUUAAACGAGAGAUAGUGGACAACUAAUAGUACUACUACAGUAUUACAUGUAUUUCGUUUCUCCUCGCCUCUCUUCGAUACCCGGCUUGAUGACAUAUUAUCCCGAGUAUAAUCGUUCGUGAACGCCCCUUUUAAUUUGUGCCCGUCUCCAGUCGAUGAGAAAUCGGAGUGAAUCGUCUCAGUUUUCGGAAUGGAAAGCCAUGAUCCCAGGCGGAUAGGGGACACUACUAAAAUUCAGAUUCAAGAUGGCCCUGGGGAUUUCAGCGUCCGAGGGUGUCAGAAACGGACAUGCAAGAGGGGGAAGAAAAAAGGCGCCAAAUUACUGUGUCUCGCUCUGAUCUAUGUGGCUUUUGUUGCCUUCAAUGUUUUGCACCGGGUAUACAACGAAAUUAACAAACAGGAAGGAGUUGAAUUUGAUGAAGUUUUACGGGUAAAAAGAGAUGUUAUUUCCUAUGGCAAUGGGACGUCUGAACCAGGUCUCAGGAGUGAAUCGGAUCACAAAAACUGCACGACACGCUCUGCGGAAGAAUUUCCGGGAAAUUUUAUGACACUGAAGGAAACUCGGGACGGGGGCGUGUUCGCUCAUAUCUUGAUUGUGCUGUACGUGUUCGGGGCGCUGGCCAUUGUGUGCGACGACUAUUUCUGUGCAUCUCUAGAAAUCAUUUGUGACGAACUCAGUUUACAGGAAGAUGUUGCGGGUGCUACAUUCAUGGCGGCCGGAAGUUCCGCCCCAGAAUUCUUCACGGCCUUAAUAGGUGUCUUUAUCGCCGAGAGCGACGUGGGAGUGGGGACCAUUGUUGGAUCAGCCGUCUUCAACAUCCUGUUCAUUGUGGGGGUGUGCGGGCUGUUUGCAGGAAUGAUCGUGCGGUUAACCUGGUACCCGGUCCUUCGUGAUUCACUUUACUACCUCCUGUCUGUAGCAGCUCUUAUCAUUACCAUAUACGACAACGAAGUUCAAUGGUAUGAAGGACUAGUUCUGGUUUGCAUGUACGUAAUCUACAUCAUUUUGAUGUAUUUUAACAAAUCCAUUGAACCGUUCAUGGAAGGACUCCUUAAGAAAAUCAAAAAUCGAAAACACGCCCGUAAGCACAGGCACGAGGACCACAACUCGAACCAGACCGAGGCUGCCAAACCGCUGUAUUAUGAGAACCCAAAGUCCAGUGCUAAUGGCACCACCCCUUCGUCCCCAAAAGCUGACGACGAGACGACCUUUAGUGAGAAAAACGAGGAGGAAGAGUGUAGUAGCAGCGAAGAGAAAAGCAGCGAGGGGGACGAGAAAGAGUACCACCCCGCAGAAGGCCAUAAAGAUUCCAAAGAAUACGAGUCGCCAUGGCAGAUUCCCGACACGUUCCUGAAGCGGAUCUUCUGGGUGGCCAUGAUUCCAAUGCACGCGCUGUUCUUCGUGACGAUUCCCGACUGUCGCCGCCCGGGCAGAUGGCACAAGACGUACCCAGUGACCUUUGUGAUGUCUAUAGCGUGGAUCGCCGGCCUGUCCUACAUCAUGGUGUGGAUGGUCACGGUGGCUGGUGACGCCCUAGAAAUUCCGGAGACCGUUAUGGGUCUGACUUUACUAGCAGCAGGAACCAGUGUACCAGACUGUCUGUCGAGUCUUUUUGUAGCCAGGGAUGGUUUAGGUGACAUGGCCGUAUCGAACUCCAUUGGAAGCAAUGUGUUUGACAUUUUAAUGUGUCUCGGGUUUCCCUGGCUGUUGAAGUCCCUGGCUUUGGAAGAUGGAGCCCCCAUUAAGAUUCAAAGCGAGGGUCUGACCUACUCCGCCAUUACUCUCCUAUCGACAGUCGUAUUCCUACUGGUCGCCAUGUUUUUGACAAGAUGGCGGCUCGACAAAAAGUUUGGAGUGAUUUGUUUAUUAGUGUACGUGGUAGUGAUUGUCUUCUCCUGUCUGUACGAGUUGAAUGUGUUCGGAAAUUUCAAUAUUUCCAAUUAUUGCCCGAGAGAUUGAUAUAAGGAAUAGGUACAUUUUGCCCUUGUAUAUACAGGGGCCAAAUCAUUUCCAAAAUAAAAAAAAAGCGAAGUCAGUUCAAAGUCUGUUUAUGUCCAGGUUGAGUGUAAUAAGAUUGGAGAUUUAGUACAGAAUAAGUCUGCGUGUUUUUAUUAGUGUAUGUUUAAAUACCCAGUAAAGUCUUAGUCGGAACUAUUUUUUGUGGAACUAUUAGAGUUGCAUUUCCUCUUACAAAUCUAUUUAUGAACAAGUAUGUCGUAAUCAGUGCAAUACAUUAAAUCAGAUUAUAUUGCCUCUGGGAAAAAAAUAAGCACAGUGUAAUGAUUAAUUAAAUUAAUCUCUCCAAUUCACAUCUUACCGAUUCGUGGAUUGAAUCUUAAAGUCAUAACUACAUGUUAUUAUGUUAUAGAAAGUGAUAAGAAUGCAGCUUAAUUUUAUUUGAGAUAUCAAGUUUAUAACAAAGGGGCAUAAGAACAGUUGAACUGUCUAAAUAAAAUUUGAUAAAAUAUUGGACGAAGUUAUAUUAUAUACAUUGUACAUACAAGGAGUUCUGUUUUAUUUUUGUAUUAAAAAACAAUGCAAUUCAAAACAGCGUUGACUAUUGUGACGAAUUUUCAAACAAGUUUUAACGAAUUACCUGUUCGUAUUAUUAAUAAAUUUUGACACUAUAUCAUAAUUAUAUUUAAAACAUAUAGAGUAACUCCACAUUCCUUUACACAUGCGCAUUACAUAGUACGUAAUGAGCAUACAUCUAUUUUAUUUUUCAAUAAGUAAACAAAUACCUAUAUAUCAUUCUUUCCCUUUUGUGCUUAUAAUGUUAUAAUUGUUGAGUUUUGUAAAAAAAAAAAAAGUUGUUGAAGAUUGCAAUGGACAAUUGCAAUGGUAUUAGAUAUUUAUAUAUAUAAUGAGUGUGUAUAUCUUAAAUCAGGUUGUUCGUUUAUAGUUAGUUUAUAGCUAGAUUUAAUCAAUUGACUUUUUUUGUCCAAGUUUAAAAAAAUAUUAUAAAGUUUAAUAUCAUAUAGUUGAUUUUAACAGUAAUUUAUCAUGUACAAACAAAAUGGGAUUGGGCAACAGGCAAAGUGUUUUUGUAAGCCUCCCCCUUUAUUAAGUUGUUCUAUAUACGUCAUAGUUUAUUCUUACAAUAUUUUAUUUUAAUAAAUACAUGUAUAUGUACUUAAUAAUAUAUCAGCAAUCAAAGAAGAAAGUUAUGUGCGAUGCAAUCUGUGUAGAUAUGAUUAUUUUCUGUGAUAUGACAAUAUAUGAAUACACCCAAAUGAAGUAUUCCGCGAUUUAGAUUUAAGAAAAGAAGACGUUAUAUAUCAAGUGUCCGAAAGCACAACUUUGUGCUAAUGUUCACAUGCAAAUUUAUUAAUGAUUUGUUUCUUGCCACUUAAACCCUAAGUACAUUUGUAAUAAUGAAUGAAACGCAAAGUGAAUACUAUAUUCUCUCAAAAAAAAAACCUUUUUAUGUUAAUGUAAUAAUAUGAUGCUAUGAGUCAAUUUUCAUAUUUUCAAAAAUUAUGCUUUUAAGAACUAUAUGAAAACGCGUAUCUUAAAACUGUUUAAAUUACUUUGAUGUAUAAGAGAGAAGUUUGUGUACAUGUUUUCUUAAUCAAAAUGAAAAUGGACAAGACUUUUGGGUAGAGUUGGAUUAGUUCAAUGUUGUUUGAGUGAUUACCGAUUCUAUUGUUAUCCCUGAUCUCUUAAUAUUGUUAACAUUGUGUGUGAAUGAGAUGUGUUCAUGUUCCUCAUUUAAAUUUGUGAUUUGGAUCUACCAAUCUAUACUGUGAAAUCAUUUAAAUUCAUGGGGUGCUAAUUUUUGUGGAUUGUCAAAUGGGAAAUUAUAUCGUAGUUUUGCUUGUCCGUAGAAUGAACGAAGAUAUAUUUCGUAAUUUGUUGGAAAUUCGUAAAAUCAUAUAUCAGAGGUACCAACGAAAUCCAGGAAAAUUUAGCCCAACGAAUUCAAUGGAAACAGAACAUGAUUUCACAGUAUAUUUGGUGAAGGGAAAUUGGAAUGAUUCUUUUCUUUAUAUGCGAUGGAGUGCCAAAACUGGACCAGUAGUAACCCUCAUUUUUGUCUUCUCUGAUUCAAUCAGAAAUGCACUUGUGAUUUACAGUAUCAGAAUAAAAGAUUAAAAUACCA